AUGGCUGAGAGGAGUCCGACGCAAAGGGCCACAAUGACUGUUCAGAGGUAUCAGCGCCAGCAAAGUUUAGAACGUCGCGGUCUGGUACUCACUCAACGCCCUGGCGACAGCGAUUACCACCUUGCUCCCGAGAUUACUGCCCUUGCCAAAGCCGUCAUCCGCUUUGACAACAUGGAGGGUGUACCACACAGGGAGAGCGAUGGCAUUAUGGACGAAGGAAAAGCCAGCGAAAGGCAGCUCGACGACAGCCCUCCCAAGAACCGAGCCAGUCCAAGCUGGGCGGGGCCAAUAGAUAACUUCGCACCCAAUCGCAUUGAGAACACAUUCGGUUCGACACGCGGUUGCCUCGAGGCAGAGGGCCUUGGGAUCAGUAAUAUGAGGACGUAUAUCGUCAAGCCAAGUACAGCGGAGGUGCCCGAUGACAUUCAUGAUUCCACUGAGGUCGUUUCCAUCCUGAGCGAAGAGGGGACACGCUUCACCAACGUCAUGCACCGCGGCUCGACCAAGAACAUCGAGCACGAACCAGGGCGACAAUCGGGUUCUUUCAUCCCUAUUGGCGGCGGAGGGGAAAGGGUCUUGUGGACUGCCAUCGCGUCGAUACAGCGUUCACACCCCGAUAUUGUGAACGUUGUCUACAGCGGUGAUCUCGAUGCUUCGAAAGAACAGAUUAUGAGCAAGAUCAAGUCUAGAUUCAAUAUUACCCUUGACCCUUCCCUUCUGCAUUUCGUGUUCUUGAAGUCGCGUCAUAUGGUGGAAGAUUCGACGUGGCCGCGCUUCACCCUUCUCGGACAGAGCAUAGGGUCGAUUUUCGUUGCAUGGGAGGCCAUGACGAAACUUAUACCCGAUCUCUACAUUGACACAAUGGGAUACGCGUUCACCUUUCCCCUCGUCGCGGCCCUCGGUCGGAUCCCUGUCGGAGCAUACGUGCACUACCCUACCAUCAGCACCGACAUGCUCGCCCGGGUCAAGUCUCGAAGGAAAUGGCACACGAAUUCGAGCAGCAUUUCAUCCUCGCUAGUCCUGAGCCAGGCAAAACUUUUUUACUACCGAGUAUUCAUGUACUACUACGCGUUGUGUCUUCGAACCGCGUCGUUCCUCAUGGUUAACUCUUCCUGGACCCGGAACCACAUCGACUCCAUCCUGCGACAUACAGAUCUAUUCCUGGAUGCCAUUCACCUACUCCCACCAUUCUUGUUCAUCAAAGCAUUCUCCUCGAAUAAUGCGCCUUCUCAUGCUACCGUGGUUUAUCCACCCUGUGAUACACGCGCGAUGUCAUCAUUCGACCUCCGUGCCCGCCAGCGGGUGAUUCUGAGCAUUGCUCAAUUUAGACCUGAAAAAGAUCACGCUGCGCAGCUACACGCCUUUCAUGUGUUGCUCAAAGCAAAUCCAGGGUUUAAAUCGAAUGGGAAAGAAGGUGUGCGCCUUGUGAUGAUUGGGGGUAGUCGUAAUGCAGAGGACGCAAACCGAGUCGACGAGCUACGCCAGCUCGCACGCAAACUCGAAAUCGAGCCUUAUGUGGAGUUCAUUGUCAAUGCCUCUUACCAGGUCGUCUUGGAUUGGUUGUCGAAAGCUAGUGUUGGUCUCAGCACUAUGGUGGACGAGCAUUUUGGCAUCAACAUAGUGGAGUUUUUGGCUGCUGGCGUGAUCCCUGUGACCCACGCAUCGGGAGGCCCUCUCCUUGACAUUGUUGUACCCUUCAAUGGAAAACCGACCGGCUACCACGCUCGGACACCGGAUGAAUUCGCCGAAGCAAUGCGAACUGUGUUGUCGCUCUCACCUGACGAGGAGAUCGCAAUCAGGCAGAGGGCACGAACCUGGGCGGUGCAGAGGUUUUCUGAGGAAGAAUUCGAGAAAGGCUGGCAUGGUAGUGGAUGGAGUGACUUUCUGGGGCGUUAA